UUUCAUUGUACUGGAAUAAAAGUUUUUUGAACUCUCAGCACGCGCAGCACCAUUAAGCACCUGAAGCAAUUCGGGAAAGGAAGAGGAAAAGUGGGCUUGCAGAAGAGAUGGAGAGAAAGAUUCGACAGGUCUGUGUUGCUGUGUGUUUUCUAGGAGUCCUAGCAGCUGCUUUGGCUUUUGCAGCAGAGGCUACAAGAAUCAAGGGUUCUCAGGUACAGGCAACUACUCAAAAUACAUGUACAUACCCGAGGAGUCCAGCCUUAGGUCUUGGAUUGGGGGCAGCGGUAGCUCUAAUGAUUGCUCAAGUAAUUAUUAAUGUUGCAGCUGGGUGCAUUUGCUGCAGAAGAAACCCAGAGUCUUCAAACUCUAAUUGGACAUUGGCUCUGGUUUACUUUGUUGUGUCCUGGUUCACGUUUGUCAUAGCAUUUCUCUUGUUACUGACGGGUGCUGCACUGAAUGAUCAGCACGGUGAAGAGAGCAUGUACUCUCACGACUACUGCUAUGUAGUAAAACCAGGGGUAUUUGCAGGAGGUGCCAUUUUGUCCCUCUCAAGUGUUACACUUGGAAUCCUUUAUUAUCUCCAAUUAUCAUCAGCUGAUAACAGGAUGCAAUGGGGUGGUCCUCCAUACGGUAAUCAAGAAGGCAUUGCGAUGGGACAAGGACAACCUCCAAGCAGUCAACCACCAGUUUUUGUGGCUGAAGACACAUACAGAAGGCAGCAAUUUCCUUGAUUGCUUUGUAUAUGAUUUCCCCUCC